CACACUUCACUAUUCAGCUUCUCCCACAAGUCACAGAAAUCAUCAAUAUAAAAACACAUCUCGUUUUUAAUUAAAAUUACGAAGAAAUUCAGGAUUUACUGAGAAAAAAAAAAUGGCAGAUAUUUUGCAUCUUGAAAAAAUGGGAAGAGAGCUUAAGUGCCCAAUCUGCUUGAGUCUGUUGAAUUCUGCUGUUUCACUUAGUUGUAAUCAUGUAUUCUGCAACUCUUGUAUUCAGACUACUAUGAAAUCCGGAGCCAAUUGUCCAGUGUGCAAAGUUCCUUUUAAUCGCAGAGAAAUUCGACCUGCCCUCCACAUGGAUAACUUGGUGAGCAUCUAUAAGAACAUGGAAGUUGCUUCAGGAGUCAAUAUAUUUAUCACUCAAACCAAUCCUUUUUCCAAAUUACCAGGUGAAGAAACUCAAUCUAAUGGCAAACAAACUUGUGAGUCCCAAGAGAAACCUAGAACUAUAACAGAGGCUCCAGUCACAGACAGUCAGAAAAGAAAAAGAGGGAAAGGAUCAAAAAAAUCUUCAGAGUGCAACAAAAAGAAUACCGGAUCAAAUCUCGUUAGACCUUCCUUUCCGACAAAGAAGAGAGUGCAGGUGCCACAAUAUCCACCUUCAGAGACUCUGCCACCUACGAAGUUGGUUGGUGGAAAUAGUAAAUCCAUCACCAAUGAAGCUCAAAAACCUUUGGUCACUGAGAAAGACAGGUCUGUGUUAAAUGGAAAAGGAGAACCAGUACUAUCUCCAUUCUUCUGGCUCAGAGAAGAAGAGGAUGUAGAAAGAUCAACUCAGCAAACAGAUGGGGACUUCAUCAUGGAUACACCUCCAGAUGCUCCAUGCUUCAGUGAUAUAAAGGACUCGGAUGAUGGGGUCCCUUGUGAAAUGUCUACCAAAAGUGGAGCUCACAAUGCAGCAAAUGGAGCAGAUAUUUUUGACAGUGAGAUGUUCGAAUGGACACAGAGAGCUUGCUCGCCUGAACUUUGUUCAAGCCCCUUCAAGAUGAAGACCAAAGAUACUAUUGAGUCUGCUGGAGCUCAAGGACAAGAGAAAGGUGAAGCUUACUCACUGGAAAAUGCUAAUAAGGAAUCAGCAACUCAGAACAGAAUAGCUGUGGCUAGUGAAAAGGGUACCGAUAAAGGACAACUGAGUUCGCACUCUCUAUUUCCUUCUGAAAAUGAAAUCACUAGUUCAAAAGGUGUCGUUUGCAAGUCUAGCAGGAGUAAGGCAUUGAAAAGUACCAAGAAGAAACAAGGCAAGAAAGUACUUGGUGAAGUAUCAGAAGUCCAUAAUAAUUCACAAAUAGCAGCUGAACAUACUUUAAAGAACAAUCAGGACAAUGCCAAUGCAUUUAAUUCAAAGAAGAAAAAAUUGAAAAACAAAAAGGGCAGUUCCACUACAAAAGUCACCGAGUCAGUAGUAGAAGACAUCUCUGCCUCAUGUGGUGCUAAAAGACUUCGCAAGAGAAAUAAUUCCAUUUCCUUCCAUUUGUCUACUCCUGUGGAUCAGGAAAAAUGUGAAGGAAGUGUUGAGACAUUUGACGUGAAGACAUGUCAUAAACGGCGCCGGGAAUCUCUUAGUGAAGAAAAUAAAUAUUGUUUUAGACCAAAAAGCAGAGUGAGAACAGGGAAAUAUAACAAUACACAAGCUCAUGAUGAAGCUGCACAUUUUGAAUCAGCAAAUAGAUUGGUUCCUAUCGAUAAUGAUGGGGAAGCUACUCCUGGUACAGAAAUGAACAAAUGUGAGCCUGAGUGUGAUGCCAAGCUUCUUGGUAAGAAAAAGGUGAAGUUUUCUGAAGAUGGGCAGCAUGCUGACAAGGAAAAUAUUACACUAGAAAACAUUCAGAAGAGAGUGCUUAAAUCAUUGGAAACAGAGAAAUCUGUUUCGAACUUGAAUGAUUUGGUUUUGCGGAAGUGUGAAGCAAGCCACAACAAGAUCCAGUGUGCUUUCUGCCGUUCAUCGGAGGAAUCUGAGGUUUCAGGAGUCAUGUUAAGCUAUCUUAAUGGAAAGCCUGUCAAAGGAGACGCAGAUGGAGUAUCAGGGGUUAUAAAUGUGCAUAAACAUUGUGCAGAAUGGGCCCCUAAUGUAUAUUUUGAAGAUGAUGACGCGGUCAACCUUGAAUCUGAGUUGAAAAGGAGCCGGAGGAUUACUUGUUUUUUCUGUGGGGUAAAAGGGGGGGCUCUUGGGUGUUAUGAAACAAGUUGUCGCAAAAGCUUUCAUGUUCCUUGUGCGAAGUUGACACCAGAGUGUCGAUGGGAUUAUGACAACUUUGUUAUGUUAUGCCCUUUACAUGUCGACUCUAAGCUUCCAUGUGAGGUCCCUGGAAAACAGUCUAAGAUUAGAGAAAGUAUUAAGAGAAAUUCUCGUAUCUGCCAGCCCAAAGUCUCAGCAACACCUGAUAAUGCUGCUGCUUUGCAGUGGAAGUCUCAGAAGAAGAACAAGAAUUUAGUGCUCUGUUGUUCAGCUCUAACUGCUGAUGAAAUAGGGCUUGUUUCUACAUUAAAGAGGUUGUCUGGAGUGACAAUAGUUAAGAACUGGGACCUAAGUGUCACCCAUGUCAUUGCUUCUACAGAUGAGAAAGGGGCAUGCCGAAGAACUCUCAAAUAUUUGAUGGGUGUCUUGGCUGGGAAAUGGAUACUGAGCAUUGACUGGAUUAUUGCUUGUGUUGAAGCCACAAAAUUUAUCGAUGAGCAGCAAUAUGAGAUUAAAAUAGAUACUCAUGGCAUUGUGGAUGGCCCUAAGCUUGGAAGAAUGAGGGUUUUAACCAAGCAACCAAAGCUUUUCAAUGGAUACAAGUUCUUUUUUAUGGGUGACUUCUUACCUUCUUACAAGAGCUAUCUACAUGACCUUGUUAUUGCUGCUGGAGGAAUUGUCCUCAACAGGAAGCCUGUUGCAGUGGAUCAGGAAAUUCUUUCACCCGGAUGCCCUCCACCUUUUGUAAUUUAUAGUCACGAACAACUUGACAAGUGUGACGGAAGCAAAAAAAAUUCAAUUUUAGAGCGCAGAAGAUCUGAUGCAGAAGCUUUGGCUAGUUCAACUGGAGCUGUAGCUGCCAGCAACUCAUGGAUACUAAACUGCAUUGCUGGGUCUAAGUUGCUGGAGCUGGAGUAGUAUAAAAUUUCUACCCAAGUUUAUCACAUCAUUCAGCCACAUAUGCAAGACUAGACCUUUUUUAUAAUCUACAGCUAUAUAAAGCAUUAGUCUGCAAAUUUUCCAAAAUGACUAUCAUAAAUUAUGUCUCUCACCGUUCUGUUA